AUGGUUUCGGUUGCACGAGUUCUCCGGCCACUUUCAGGCCGUCCUGUGGCUUCCAUUCUCUCCACAGCAACUCGAAAGACGGUGCCGUCAAGGACAUUCCAGUGCACCCGCUCGUUCUCCGCCACACCCCGCCACAACGAUGUUGACAUUACCUCCCUCACGCCUACUCCGAUCACCCAUCUCUCCGAGACCGAAGCCAUGAUGGCCGAAUCCGUGUCCAAGUUUGCUCAGGAGCAAAUUGGUCCCAAGGUCCGGGACAUGGACGAAGCCGAAGCCAUGCACCCUGCCGUCAUUGAGCAGCUAUUCGAACAGGGACUCAUGGGUGUGGAGAUCCCAGAGGAAUUUGGCGGAGCUGGCAUGAAUUUCACCUCUGCCAUUGUCGGGAUUGAGGAGCUGGCCCGGGUCGAUCCCAGUGUCAGCGUUCUGUGCGAUGUGCAUAAUACCCUCGUCAACACUGCCAUUCUCAGAUUCGCCGAUGCAGCAAUUAAGAAAAAGUGGCUGCCAAAGCUGGCCACGGACACCGUUGGGUCUUUCUGCUUGUCAGAACCUGCCUCGGGAUCCGAUGCCUUUGCCCUUCAAACCAAAGCGGUGAAGACUAGCUCUGGAUAUAAGAUCAAUGGCUCGAAAAUGUGGAUUACAAACUCGAUGGAGGCCGGUUUCUUCAUUGUGUUUGCGAACCUCGAUCCCAGCAAGGGAUACAAGGGCAUUACCGCUUUUAUUGUUGAAAAGGAUACGCCAGGGUUUAGCAUCGCGAAGAAGGAGAAGAAGCUGGGUAUCCGGGCUAGCAGCACUUGCGUCCUCAACUUUGACGACGUUGAAAUCCCCAAGGAGAACCUUAUCGGAGUGGAGGGUCAGGGAUACAAAUAUGCCAUUAACCUAUUGAACGAGGGCCGCAUUGGCAUCGCAGCCCAAAUGACAGGUCUUGCCCUGGGCGCCUGGGAAAAUGCUGCUAAAUACAUUUGGAACGACCGCCGCCAAUUCGGUCAACUCAUCGGUGAAUUCCAAGGCAUGCAACACCAAGUAGCGCAAGCUUAUACUGAAAUUGCCGCUGCUCGUGCUCUCGUCUUCAAUGCCGCCCGCAAGAAGGAAGCUGGCCAGGACUUCGUGCAGGACGCUGCCAUGGCUAAACUUUAUGCGUCCCAGGUUGCGGGCCGGGUUUCAGGCUCCGCGGUUGAGUGGAUGGGUGGCAUGGGCUUUGUCCGUGAGGGCAUUGCCGAGAAGAUGUUCAGAGACAGCAAGAUCGGUGCUAUCUAUGAGGGCACGAGUAAUAUCCAGCUUCAAACGAUUGCGAAGUUGCUGCAGAAGCAGUAUACUCAGUAA